UUUCACCUGCAGACGAAAAGUGGCAAAUUAACUUGAUGCUCCAAUUGGCUUAUUCUGAGUUGACAGCAACAAACCAUCAUCCGCAGUUGGCCGGCGGAGCGUAUUAAUGUUCUUGCUUGUGUGUGUGUGCGUGUGUGUGCGUGAGAGUCAUAAGAGCAAGACGAGGGUGUUGAGGAGAGUUGAAAGAAAUGGUUGGAAUGUGGUGGUGGAAAAACAAGAGAGAGGUGCGACUACUGGUGCACCUACUGCUGCCACUGAGUGUUCACUUUGUAGCCGAAGAGAUGACAAAAUCGGUUCUUGUGGACGUCACCACUAAUGUACUUUGUCCAGGCCAGUCCACAUGCCCGGAGGCCAUCGACCUCAAUGGUCUUCAACAAACCACUGUUGGAAUCUUCAAGAUGGUGGUUCUUCCAGUUCUAGGUCAACUUUCAGAUGAUUAUGGUCGAAAGCCACUCCUCCUUGCAACAUUUUCUGCUGAUAUUCUUCCUUUCGCUGUGCUCGCAAUCAAUAAAUCAAAGGGGUUUGUGUAUGCGUUCUACGUUUUGCGGUUUGUUUCUCUGAUCUUCAGUCAAGGAAGUAUUUACUGCAUUGCUGCUGCUUACCUGGCGGAUGUUGUUGAUGACAACAAGAAGGCUACAGGUUUUAGCUGGAUGAUGGGCCUAAUUUCUGCAUCCCGUGUCCUGGGAAAUGUUCUUGCUCGUUUUCUUCCUGGGACUUGUUUUUUUGAGGUUGCAAUAGCCCUCCUGAUCUUUUGUCCUGUAUAUAUGACACUCUUUCUGGCUGAGACUGUAACUCCAGCUCCAAAGGUUGACCAGUGUCUGCCAUACUUCAAGAAGGCGUUUAAGCUUAUUCAAGAACAAUAUGACAAUAUCAGAUAUGCUGCGAGUGUGGUUAUUAGCAGCCCUACACUGAAGUCCGUUUCACUUGCUUUAUUCUUCUAUGAAUUGGGGAUGUCUGGCGCCACUAGCACUCUACUGUAUUAUCUGAAGGCGGCUUUUGGUUUCGACAAAAAUCAAUUUUCAGAAAUUUUGAUGGUGGUUGAUAUAGGUGCAGUCAUUUCUCAGUUGCUGGUGCUUCCGAUCAUCACCCCUUUGGUUGGAGAGAAACUUAUCCUUUGUGCAGCGUUACUCUCGAAUGCAGUAUAUGCCUUGCUUUUUGGCUUAGCCUGGGCACCAUGGGUAACCUACUUUAUUGCUGCUUUCGGAGUUGUUAACGUCCUCGUGAGACCUUCUAGCUCUGCUCUCAUAUCCAAAGCAGCAAGUUCAACUGAUCAGGGAAAGGCACAAGGAAUUAUUUUAGGCGUCCAGUCAUUUUCGAGUUUGUUGUCGCCACUAGCAAUGACACCACUAACCAACUUGUUCCUGUCAAGAGAUGCACCAUUCAACUGCAAAGGCUUCAGCUUUGUGUGUGCAUCUUUAUCUGUGGCUAUUGCACUUUGUUUCGCUUUUAUGUUGAAGCCAAAUACUUCGAAGAAACCCUUGGAGGUUGAUGCAGAACACAAUAAAGCACCACUUUUGUCAUAGCGUAUAUAUGGUGCCAAGGAGGAGUCGGCAUCCUCUGAAGCUGUAGAAGCAUCACUCUCGUCAUAUUGUCUGGUGCUAGUAACCCCAUUUAAACUGGUCGGCAAGCCCUUCGAUGCUGUGGUCUUUUGCCAACCUAGAGUUGUAUCUAUGAUUUGGUCUCAUUCUCAUGUAAUAUGGCCAUUGGCCUAUUUCUGAAUAAUGUGUGUGUGUGUGUGUUUCAAUCUAUAGUUCUGUUAUGCUUCAUUUGCAUUCCUUUCUGAGCGUGAUGCCUGAUUUGUACUCCGUUCAUUGACUGUUUUUCAAGUGAUUUCCUGGUCAUAAUUCACACUAGAUUCCU